CGGGGGGGCUCAGAACCGUGCCUUGCUGGGGCAGUGGGCGCGAGCUCUCUGACGCAGCCCGGAUUGCGGCCGCGAGAGGCGGAGAAGGAGAAGCGCGACGCUCGCCCCCAACGAACCGCCUUUGCGCGAGGCUGUGCUUGCGGCGGUUGCGUGACUGCAUUCUCUCCACACGACCGCCCCUCCCCCCGGCGGUGGCGGCAGCACCGCCACCACCAACAACAACAGCGGCGGCGGUGGUAGCAGCGUAGACCGGGGAUUGGGAUGUGUGCGAGGAUCAGAGACAGUGUCAGCGGCGGCAGCGCCUGGCUUCUUCGCGCAGCUUCGACCCGGACACGAUACAGAUCUUCGUGAAUCCUACUUUUCUCCAAUGAUUGAUAGCUGGCCAUUACUUUUGAUGUUGUCUGCCAAUUUUGAGUCAUGAAGCUCAUGUCUUGACCAUGAACUUUCAUUAGCACUGCUGUGUUGGAUGGUAUAGGAAGCAUGGAGAUGACUAAUGGACAGUCGAGCACUAUAUAUUUUACAACCACGGCUUCAGAGAGAAGUAGCAGCUCUGAAUCUCUAAGUGAGCAAGCCUCUAAUGAUCCCAAGAAAAGUUUUGAUGCCGUGGUGUUUGAUGUCCUGAAGGUGACGCCAGAAGAGUUUGCUGACAUGGCUAACUCUUGUCGAAAGCCUAGCCCGCUCGUAUUUGAUUCUGAUAUCGCCGAGCGAUGGCGAAUGUUUGAGAAGGACUACUCUCAUAUCUGCAUCGUUCACCAAAACGAUCCCGAUGAUUUGAAGGCUACACUACUGUUGAAUUUAGCGGGUCCAGAGGCUAUGAUCUGCGCUGACUCGUUCGAAUUUGCACCUGCUCAACUGGAUGGGAAUGGACAGAGUCAGAUAACAUUAAUGGAUGCACCAGUUUUUAAAGCUAUUCAGCCUGAGGAGCUGUCAAGUGGUGGUUGGAACAAAAAGGAAAAGUACAGUUCCUCACCAAAUGUUGUAGCCUUCACUCGAAGGUUUAAUCAUGUUAGCUUUUGGGUUGUCCGAGAGAUUCUCACUGCACAAACACUAAAAAUAAGAGCAGAAGUUUUGAGCCACUAUGUGAAGACUGCAAAGAAAUUAUAUGAGUCGAAUAACCUCCAUGCACUAAUGGCUGUCGUGUCUGGAUUACAGAGUGCGCCCAUCUUCAGACUUACAAAAACAUGGGCGCUUUUGAACAGAAAAGAUAAAACAACUUUUGAAAAAUUAGAAUAUCUUGUGUCUAAAGAAGAUAAUUACAAAAGGCUCAGGGAUUAUGUUAAUAGUUUGAAAAUGACUCCAUGUAUUCCAUAUCUAGGCAUUUAUUUGUCUGAUUUGACCUAUAUUGACUCUGCAUACCCAUCCACACACAGCAUCAUUGAGAGUGAACAAAGAUCGAACCUAAUGAACAAUAUUUUGAGAAUAAUUUCUGAUCUUCAGCAGUCUUGUGAUUAUGAUAUCCCUUUGUUGCCUCAUGUUCAGAAAUACAUGUAUUCAGUACGAUACAUUGAAGAACUUCAGAAAUUUGUUGAGGAUGACAAUUACAAAUUGUCGUUAAGAAUUGAGCCUGGUACCAGUACACCGCAAUCCAUUGCCUCAAGAGAAGAUCUUGCAGGACCAGAUAUAGCACCAUCUCCACAGAGCAGCCGGCGAAGCAUGGCAGCUGAGGCAGCUGUAAUGAAUCCACCGCCAACUCCUCCUUCUUCUAGGCACCUGCUUCCACAUGGACACAGGAAGUCCCAUAGUCUUGGAUACAAUUUUAUACACAAGAUGAAUACACCUGAGUUUAAGAGUGCUACAUUUCCCAAUGGAAGACCUCGGCACUUGCUGGAUGAUAGCGUAAUGGAAAACUACACUCCUUCAAGAGUCCAGGCAGAAAGCUCCACCAUUUCCAGUGGAAUAUCACUAGGUAGUAGUGAAGGUUCUGAACUCAGUGAGGAGGUGUCAUGGCCAGCUUUUGAAAGGAGCCGUUUCUAUUAUUCCCUGUGUCCAGUGCCACGAAUUGGAAGGAAUGGCUCUCGAGGGCACAUGAAAGCAAACAGUUCUGUGGAAUCUGAAGAGCUCGCAAUAAACCUCUUCCCAGGAUGUGUUACAAUUCAAGGAGUUCUGAAAAGGAAAACAUUACUGAAAGAAGGCAAAAAGCCCACGGUUGCAUCAUGGACCAAGUACUGGGUGGCAUUAUGUGGCACAAAACUUUAUUACUAUUCAGCCAAAUCUUUAAAACCAACAGAAAGAAAGCAUUUCAAGUCAAGUUUGAGUAAGAGCGUUUCUGUCGUGGGUUGGAUGGUGAUGAUGGCUGAUGAUCCAGAACAUCCAGAUGUUUUCCAACUUACAGACUCUGAAAGGGGAAAUUCUUACAAAUUCCAAGCAGGUAAUAGAGGGAAUGCAAUGCUGUGGUUUAAGCAUCUGAGUUCUGCCUGCCAAAGCAACAGACAACAGGUUCCUGCAAACUUGAUGUCUUUUGAGUGACUGAAACAGUGGCAUAAUUCAAGACGGAUGCAGCUUGGCGAAUGCAUGCUGUUCAUGAAAGGACCUCAUGGAAGAGUUCCACGUUUGUUCUUUCUGUGCCAGGACUGAAGCCAGAGAUGUGCUUAAUAUUUUUAUAUCAGAGCACUGGCUUCACAACACCAACCACUAGGACAUUGUGGUAACAAUGCGGUAGUCCUGGAGCAGCUAAGACACAUUUGAUAAGAGAUCAGUAUCUCUGAGGACUGUGCAUCCCAUUUGCACUGACUGCCCUGUGGAACCACUGCCUUAAGUAAAGAUUUGUUACACCAAAUAGUGUACAUGUUAUGACCAGUAAUGCUGGGAUUUUUAAUGCAGAUAAUCCAGAUAGAUUAUAGUUACUGUAGUUAACAGUUUUGGGAGAGCUUACUUAGCUUUUUUUUUGCAUUUCCUAUCCCUUGAUCAUUCAUUCUGCUUAUUUGCUCGUCUAGUUAACCCAUGUUGGGUACAGAAAUGGAAUGAGCAAUAUGUUUAGUCAACAGUAUUACCAUGUAGAAAAAAUGCACAUCCAUAGGUUUUUAAUACCUAAAAUAUUUUAUUUUGUUGGAAAAGUGUUUUUUAACUGAACUGUUUUGUACCCAUGUAAUUUCCUUUUUUUUUUAAUUUUUACUAUGUGAACAAUUUUCCUGUGGAUUUUACUAUCUGCUGUAAUCUUGAAUGGAAAAAAAACUACCUGUGAUAACUUUAUACUAUGAACAUUCAGAUUUGCCAUUCGGCUAUUGUAUAUUUUUCUCAAUCUCUCCAGUAACGUAUACAGCUUGCUUUGAAUCUCUCACAUUCUGCUAACACAUGGCCUCCAAUUUAACAAGUAAUCCUCAAGUACUACUGAACCCGAUAAUAUCUUUCUAAUGCUUUUUGUGUGACUGGUGUCAUUUUCACAACUCUGAAUAUAGUGUGUGUGUGUGUGUGUGUGUGUGUGUAUGUAUGUACAGUAUGUUUGCACAAGCAAGAUUAAAGAGACUUUAGGUGCAGAUUGCAGAAAGUUUUCCUACUUAAUAAAUGUCUUGCAAGUGCAAGCAGCUUAUCUG